AUGGGUGCUGUACGUUGUCGACACCUUCGCGGUGUAGCGAGCAUCGGGUUGAUCGUUCUUUUCGCACUCUGCACCGAAACCAGCGGGAAAAUAUUCGAAAAGUGUCCCCUCGCUAGAACAAUGGAGCGCGGGCAAAUCUCGUCGCGAUCGCUGAUCUCCAACUGGGUUUGCCUUGUGAUGGCCGAAAGCGGUGGUGACACCACGAAAAAGACGAUCCAUGAAAAUGAAUCCACCAGCUACGGUGUGUUCCAGAUCAACAGCAAAACCUGGUGCCGAGAGGGACGCAAAGGAGGCCGCUGCAACAAAAAAUGCGAAGACUUCAUCGACGACGACAUCAGUGACGAUAUCGAGUGUGCGAAGGUGAUCUACGUAGAUGGCGGAUUUGGCGCCUGGAAGGGUUGGGUCAACCGGUGUAAGCAGAAGACCCUACCGGAUCUGUCAUCGUGCUGGAACUAGACACGGAAGUAAGCCUUCCACUGGGGCUUGUGAAGUUGUAGAAUAGUGCGAAUAAAGCAAUGGCGGCAACAAAA